CUCGUCCGACGGCGCAUGCGUCAUGACAGACAUAAUUUUGCAGACCGGAAGAUGAGCCAGUUUUCCUCUCACGUAGCCCAUCUUCUUUAAAUCCUAUCUUUGAUCUAACUAGCUAUCUAGCUACACUGACACUUGUUGGGGAUACAUGUGUUUCUGAGUGUUGCUCUGCAAUAUACCGAGUUACCGGCAGAUUAAGAAGCCACAUCUGGUGACAUUUCUCAUUUAAGUGGUGCUGUUGACUUUUAGGUCAUUGGUGGAUAAGGAAGGACACAUAAAGCCAAACACUAGACGGAGUGACCCAGCUGUCUGAAACCACUUACUUGGGCUGCAGGCGUCCACACGUUCCACCUGCUGUGAACCGAGUAAUUGAGCGGACCGACAGACAUGGGGAAGCAGAACAGCAAGCUCCGUCCUGAGGUGAUGCAGGACCUCCUGGAGAGCACUGACUUCACCGAACACGAGAUCCAGGAGUGGUACAAGGGCUUCCUGAGGGACUGCCCCAGCGGGAACCUCUCCAUGGAGGAGUUCAAGAAGAUCUACGGUAACUUCUUCCCCUACGGAGACGCUUCCAAGUUCGCCGAGCAUGUCUUUCGCACAUUCGAUGCUAACGGCGACGGGACAAUAGACUUUCGGGAGUUUAUCAUCGCACUAAGUGUGACGUCACGUGGCAAGCUGGAGCAGAAGUUGAAAUGGGCAUUCAGUAUGUACGACCUGGAUGGAAAUGGGUACAUCAGUAAAUCUGAGAUGCUGGAGAUUGUUCAGGCAAUCUAUAAGAUGGUGUCCUCUGUGAUGAAGAUGCCUGAGGACGAGUCAACACCUGAGAAGAGGACAGAGAAGAUCUUCAGGCAGAUGGACACCAACAGAGACGGUAAGCUGUCUCUGGAGGAGUUCAUUAAAGGAGCGAAGAGCGACCCCUCCAUCGUCCGCCUGUUGCAGUGUGACCCCAGCAGCGCCGGACAGUUCUAAAGCCGAGGCAUCAACACAACCUUGCUUCUUCGGGGGACUCCAAAUGCUCUUAACUCUCCACUAUGGAGCGGACUGACGAUGAAGAAUGACAAGCUGAUGAUGACUAUGAAGAAGACAGGCCUUCAACAUGCACUGAGGACAUCAAAGAUGAGCACAGGAGCCAAAUUAUCCCCCCACCCCCCUUGAGCUGUUUCUCUAAAACCCUCCGAACCCCAACAAAGACUCAAACUGAAAACGUUCCCCACCCCCCAACCCCCGACUGAUUGUUGUUGACCAGGAUCCCUCAGUUCUCCUAUAGGCACGUCAGCGUAUAAGGCAGGUCUAGAGUAGGUUGUAUAUAAACAGUAUAAACUGGAGUCUCUGUAUCAGUGUCUUUGCUUGGCUCUCUGUGCCCGUCGAGGCUCCAGCCAGGAGACACAGAGCCUCCGUCACUCUAAUGUGUAUCAAACUGUGGACAGUGUGUGCAUGAGACAACAGGAGAGAGAGAGACAUGAUGGUGUUGAAUAACAGGACAUACUGUAGGUGAGACUAUUUAAUCUGCAGAGAGGACUUGUGAAGUUUGUCCUUCACUCAGAGUGAGUACUGCUUUUAGUUUCCUCUUUUCUACUGUGAGAAUGUGUACGUGUGUUUGUGUGUUUUGCAAGAAACUUGAUAGACCUCGUUUCAUAUUUUGUGCUGGGACAAAAUGACAUGUCAUUGUAUGCUACUAUGCAUAUGUGCCCUAAUCAGUAGUUGGAUUUUGUGAAGUCUCACUGAUGUAACGGAGAAUGAAACACAUCCCUUCAUCCACCACCUGUUCCAGUGGCUUUUCAUAUCGGUAAGAAUUUGACAGACAUUUUGGAGUGGCAGUGUAUUACUGCGCUCUAGCUUAAGGAAAAAUAGAAAACUAGUCUUUUAAAGUAUUUGAGUACAGUGUAGAUAUAUAAAAGUGCACCUAAAUUUGUAAAUUCCGGUAGUUCCGAUUGCUCAGUUCAUAACAAAUGUGAAAUAAUAAUAAAAAAAAAUGUUUAUUGAAGCUAUUGGGUGAUGUCGAGCAUGCAAACCAGUUUCUAUCUUAGACAUUUUACAAUGUGAAGAAGAGACACACACUUCUUCGCGUUCACUUUUAGAUGUUUUUAAAUGCUGCAUGUUGAACGGUUGGGUGCAGGGGUGCAUAGACUAAAUAACACGUAUGCAUGUGACUUAUGUGCAUGUGCGUGUUUUACGUUAUGUUUAUGGAUAUCAGUAGCCCAACGGCCGGUUGCCCAUCCAGCUCUGAGCUCGCUUCUGUAUGUAAGUGUUGUCAUGGUUAGUGCUCCCAAUAGUCUGUGUUAUUGACAGAGUGUGGACUGCCAAAGCUGACACAUGGAACGGUUUGCGUUGAUAACUUCAUGGAGGAAAACACCACCACACACAACAAUCUAUACAUAUAAAGACACACUGUUUAAUGGGAUGCUGGGUAGUCAGAGCUGAGAGCCUUUUUUCUGUUUCAGUUGAGUUCAAUGAUUAAAUUGCCAUCCAAUUGUAUCUGUAACAGGGCCAAAUACAGAGAGUACUGGAUUCUUUAGCAACAGUCCCAAUUCUACACUUUCAAUCAAAUCAAUCUGUCAAAGAAAAGAGAAGGGGAAAAAGCUCUCACUGAGGUUUUUUAAGAAAGUUUAACAAGUUCAGGACCGGUAUGACCAGGCCAGAGCAAAGACGUUUCAGUUAUUGCAUUAUUUUCCAAUUAGAAAAGCUUUGAAUGUUUUACUCAAUAACUGCUGUUUUUUUGGUGAAAAAGAAUAAAGGAUGCAGACAAACAAAACCAAGAAUCACAACUACUACUGCAAUGAUACUGUCACCAUCUGUUGCUUUUAUUGUAUUUUUUAUUAUUUCUUUUGUUGAUUUUUCUUCUUUUUUUUUUUUUUUAAAGCUACGUCAGGUGUAACAUUUCUGUUAAAACACAAAAUAGCAUCUUGUGGUCAAGUGCCAAAUAAAAACAAAGCAGUAUUGUAUAAAUUUAUACUGUACAAUUGUUAUCUGUUGAACAAAACGUUUGUAAUUGUUGCAUUUUGUAGGUUUUGUAUGGUAUCCUGUAUUUAGUGACUGCAGUUUUGGAACACAGGAUUCUGUUUUUUGGUCAACUUUAAAAGGCAAGAAUUAAAUUUACAAUGUAUUGUGUGCAAGAAUUAA